CAGUCCUGAGACAGGAAACCCAGGGGUUGCACCCAUAGACGUACUGCUAUCCAAACAGCUGCUGGGAUGCUGGCCUUUCUGAAAGGAGCUGUUCAGCCUAUGACUGUCAGCAGGGCUAGGAGUCUUCUUCAGAAACGUGACUCCAGCAUCUACAGCAAGCCAGCAAAAAACAAGAUUGGACCUGGGCAAAGUCUCUUCAUUAUGUCCGUGUUUGCUGUUGCCCUUCUGGCGCCUGCCGGCUGGAUCCUGCACCACAUCCCAGAAUAUCGUCAGAGACCACAACCUCCACCUUCUUAAAGAAAGCACAUCUCUGUCACGGUCAGCUUACCUGAUGUUGUGUGGACAAAAGUGGCUGUCCCUGUCACUUGCAUUUGACUUUAUAUAAAACAUACAGAUUUAAACAAACAUUAACUUAAACAUACAUUUUGGCUCAACAUAAUAAAAGACUGUUCUGUUGUUUAAGAAAAACAGCCCUAUUUGAAUCUAAUGGGAAAUGCAAUUUUGUGCUGUUUAAUCCCUCCAGACUGUCGCCCAUAUUGUUAUUGUAAGCAAACUCUUCUGCGGAGUAAAAUGAGUGCACUGUUCUAAUAAAGUUUGCCUUUGUUGAUAACUCAGUU